CUUUGCGCUUGUUUGUCAUAUUUUCUUGCCUCAGUCGCGAUUUCUCCGCCGUAUAGUGCGUAUGUGUCUGGUUUGAAAGUGUCAAAAGACAUUUUUUUCAUCUGAAAAAGACGGUGACCAUUGAUAGAUUUAGAAUACAACUUAAAACGAGAACUAGAGUAAGGAACUUCCGAAUAAUAGUGCAGUUACCGCUUUAUAAUAGUGAAUAAAUUUUAGCGCGUGGCUAUUUCACAGUGUACAUUUGGUUGCAUAACUUGAACAUAAACAAGAUUUAUAUUUAAAAAAGACUGCAAAAAUGAGUAUAAGUAUUCACAAUCCACUAGGACUGACGCUCUGCUCCAGAAUGCCAAAUAGUAUGUUUUUAUAUAAUAAUAGAGAAGUCCGUAAAGUUAAAAGAGUGCUUUUCGGGCCGUCCGACGACAUCGCGACAAAAAAAUUUGUUCAAGAGGAGUUGUCAAAAAUUGCGGUGAUACAGUCCGAAAAGUGGAACUUUGACUUUAAACGGGAGCAAACCUUGGAUCCGAAUGGUCAGUAUCAGUGGAGACCAGCUACACCGCAAAAGACUGUGCGCCCGGUAAAGACACGUCCAAGUCCAGAGGAUGACAUCCAAGAGGAACUAUACGGAGAACCUGGGGAAGUAAUCAGACCUACUCCAGUAAGAAUGAUUGAGGAGGAGGAAAUGAAAUCUCCUCCGAAACCAACUCACAAAGCCCGAAACCAAAAUCAAAAGCCACAAAGCCUCAUCACCGAUUUCAUGGUGGAAAAGAAGCGGUCAACAUCCGAUCCAACAAAAAAGCCUGAUUGGGCACCCAUGGAGCGGCCGGCGAAAGUGCCGAGGCUCCACGACACCACAAGUUAAAAGACGGAACAACGCGUUCAACCUUCUUCCACUUUGUUGUUACAAAUCUCGAUCUCGAAAAAAUUAUUUUAAUAUUAAUGUAAAGUACAAUUUUAAGUUUUGUUUCUUGAAAGAAAUUUAAUUAAUUAUAAGUUUUUUGUACAGUUUAAGUACUAUAUUUUGUUUGUCUUUUUAUAGACUUUAUGUAUUUAUUUUAAAGUAGAGUUUUUUUUUCUUUCUUUUGAUCUCCAAAAUCUUUCAUUUGUUGGUGGUUUUUCAUGUGGGUUACCUAAGACUCAUUUCUUGUAUUUCAUACAUAAAAGUGGGUAUCGAAAUCAUCAAAAUAUCACUGGAACGCUCACGAAGUAGUAGUUCUAGCUAUUUUUUUGGGACGUGAUAUUCGGGUAACUGCCGUCAUUCAGUACAAAAAUUAUUUUUAGGUUAACAACCGAAAUUCUACUUAAAAAAAGGUAUUUUUUAAGAGAGCCGUAUUAUUUUUUUGUAAUUUGUAAGUAGGUUUAUCGGAACGUAUUAAUUUUAUCAUUGUUAUCUUCUUUAAUUCUAACGCACACGCUUUCAGUCAUCGAUAGCUAGAAUUAUGUAUUUCUACGCAAUUUUCAGCCACAUCACAAUUCGCUUUAGUAACAAAAAUAUAUAAGUAAACUCCCUGACAUUUAAAAUAAGCUUUUGUACGUUCACUUUAACCGUAUUUUUUAUU